GUAACGCGUUAAAAUAAUUAACACUUUAACGCAGACGUAGGCUCACCUAAUCCAUCCAUAUAUACGGACAUAACCGAUCAUCUUUCUUCUGUUCCAAUUCGUUCCGAAACAAUCUUCUCAAUUCCUUUCGGUUAUUAUAAUCUGAGUUUAAAAAGAAAAUGGGAGGAGGUAAAGACAAGCAUCAUGACGAGCAAGACAAAGGGUUUCAUGGGUUUCCAGGAGGUGGACAUCAUUACCCACCCGCUCCUGGAGGUUACCCACCCGCUGGAUACCCUCCUCAACAAGGGUAUCCUCCAGCUGGAGGCUAUCCACCUGGUGCUUACCCACCCGGUGCUUACCCUCCUGGGCCUGGAGGUUAUCCUCCUGCUCCGGGUCACGGUGGCUAUCCUCCUGCAGGCUAUCCUGCUCCUCACCACUCAGGACACUCUAGUGGUGGACUCGGAGGUAUGAUCGCUGGUGCAGCUGGUGCAGCGGCAGCAGCCUAUGGAGCACACCACGUUGGUCAUGCAUCACACAACCCUUACGGCCAUGCAGGCCACGGAGGAUUUGGCCACGUUGGCCAUGCCUCUCAUGGGUAUGGUGGUCAUGGUCAUGGUCAUGGUAAAUUCAAGCACGGAAAGCAUGGAGGCAAGCAUGGAGGCAAGUUCAAGCAUGGAAAGCACGGGAAACAUGGUAUGUUUGGAGGAGGAGGAGGCAAAUUCAAGAAGUGGAAGUAAUCUAAAGAAACCACCCUUUCAUUCUCUCCUCCAGUAGUCUCAUUUACCUGACCGAUGUUUUCUAAUAAUCCCCUCCAAACACAUUAUAUAUUAACUAUAUCGGUUUAGAGAUUACUGGUUCAGAGGAAAUAAAUGGAGAGUGGUAGUAUAAUGUAAACCUUAUGGUAUCUGCAGAAGAGGUUUCUUCAAUCUCUUAAUAGCAGAUGCCCUGAAACUUAUCUAUAAUUUGGUUUUAUAAUUGACAUUUUGUGUUUGUUUGGUUCUUUUUUUUAUUCCAACUCUUUUAAUGUUUGAUGACUUGAUGUUGAUGAAGUUUUCAAAUUAUAUUAUAUGCCUA